GACCCCGAGUGCCUGCUCGUGGCCACCGACCGUGACCCAUGGCACCCGCUGAGCGACGGCAGCCGGACCCCUGGCACCGGGAGCCUGGCCGCUGCGGUGGAGACGGCCUCGGGACGCCAGGCCCUGGUGGUGGGCAAGCCCAGCCCCUACAUGUUCGAGUGCAUCACAGAGAACUUCAGCAUCGACCCCACACGCACACUUAUGGUGGGUGACCGCCUGGAGACCGACAUCCUGUUCGGCCACCGCUGCGGCAUGACCACCGUGCUCACACUCACAGGAGUCUCCCGCCUAGAAGAGGCCCAGGCCUACCUGGCGGCUGGCCAGCACGACUUCGUGCCCCAUUACUAUGUGGAGAGCGUCGCAGACUUGACAGAGGGCUUGGAGGACUGAGCCCACUGCACCUGCAGCCACAGGCCCGCCCCUCCCCACGCCCUGAUCCUGUAGGUCACGAGCCGUGUUACACACCACCGGCUCCUUGGCCCAGUUCUGCACCGGGGUGGGGCUGGGACCUGGGGAAGGUUUGAGGGACCCUUGCAACCCCCUCCCAGCAGUGGCUGGGCACUCUUUGCUGCCCCAGAAGCUGGUCUCCUACAGAUUCAUCUUGGCCUGACCCAGCCAGGUGGACUUAUUUCCUGCCCUGUCACCUCCCCUCCUUGAAAUCUGGGCCCUGGUGCCCGCUGAAGAUUUCCUCUAGCCCUGAGCACUUAGUCUUCUCCCCCUUCCCUGGGUCUUCUAGAGCUCUCUCUGCCCCUCAGGUCCUGGCCUUUGGGUCCUUGUCAAGCGGAGGUCUAGGGAAACCACAACCCUUAUUGUCCUGAGUGCCGGCAAAGGCUAAGUGAUAGUGACCUCAUCGAUGUUGGGUCCUGUGGGGUACCAGUUUAGGUUCCUAAGUAACAGUGACCCUUUUCGUCCUGGAGCCCGAGUGGACCAAUCGGAAGCCUAAGUGACGAUGACCCUCGCAUGUCCUAGGUCCCUGGGUGGACCCAUCAGGACCCCAAGUGAUAGUGACCCAGUGGUCUUUUAGAUCCUCAGUAGAACAAUCCAGAAGCCUAAGAGACAGUGGCCCCUUGAUAAUCUGGGUCUCACGGGACCAGUCAGGGGUCCAGGUUUCAGUCCGUAAAUAACAGUGGUCCAUGUCCUGAAGACACCCCUCCUCUACAAAGACUGUGAUGCUCUGGGGCUUCUGUGGCCAAGCCCCACCCUUUCGUGGUCAUGGUACCCGUACAGUGUUGAUGGCCACAGCUCAAAGGGGGCUUUCAUGUCUCCCUGUGCAGUCAGUGUUUGCAGUACCACCUCUCUCCCAUGCCCACUCUCAGCUAUUUAUUUAAUUUAUGUGUGCCAGUGACGGUGGGUGGGGGCUGGGCCUUCCCCGCCACCUCCACCCCUGUUGUGACCUGUCCUUCCGUACUUAAUAAAGUGCGCGUGGGAGUGUU